UUUAGUGCCAUAUUCAUCACAAAUUGUAAUUCACAAUAUAAACGACAUGAAAACUCACUCUCACUGCACAAAACUUUUGUCACAUUAGAGUUGCAAACAUUAAUUGAAAAUUGAGGAAUAAAACUAGAAUUCACACAAAAUUAUUGCUAAAGUAAGAGAUAAUGUCUGUGACAGCGAAACCCAAUUACGUGAUCCGAAACAUCCGAUUGUCUGAUUGCGAUGAAGUGCGAGACAUAUGGCGAUCCGUUGGCUUCGGGAUCGUUAAGUACGCCAAUGAAGUGAUGAUUAAUUUGGAUCCAAACGGCAUAUUCGUUGUCGAGGACACCGAUUCCGGGAAACUGUUGGGAUAUGUGGCGGCCGUUAAUCUGUCAGAUGAUCUGGCAUUCAUCGGUGGCUAUUGCGUGAGACCGGACUACAGGGGCCACGGAAUCGGACAAAAGCUGUGGAACACAGGAAUGGCACACAUGGGGGACAGGAAUGUGGGCCUCUUUGCCUUCACUGUGAAAAUGUUUGAGAUAUACAGAGAUCACCACAACUUCAAGUGUAUCCCCGAUAGAUAUUUACAUCAUUUCAGAGGACAAUUCAAUCCUUGUAUAGACAUUAUCAAUGAAAUGGCGGGAAUCUCUGUGGUGGCCAUCACUGAUGCAAAUGUGUCGGCUGUGGUUGAGUACGACAAAGCAAUCGGCGGUUUAGACAGACGUGUAAUGAUUUCGGGUUUCGCCAAAACGCCGGGAGAUAUCAGUUUAGUGGCCGUUAAUGAGAGAAAUGAAGUGUUGGGCUAUAGUUUCCUUUUACAGACAGUAAACGAU